GAUGACAGGUUGGGUCAAUAACACAUAACACUAGUGGUCUAUAGGAAGUUAACCCAAGUGGUGGUGAAGAUUCAGCGAAACGCGCUUGUCGCGCUCUACUGGGUGUGCGCGUGUGGAUGCUGCUGGUAUGCGGGAACACAUGUGCCACGAGCAGUGUAUUUCCUUUCUGCUCUUCGUACUAUAAACAUGUCCGUGCCUACAAACGGAAAUCCGCGUGAAAGACGAAGAUGCUACACUAUCUUCUGGAGACUUUUCCCGCACGUUUUCUUGAUUUUGUCUCUCAUCGCGUAUGCCGCGUUGGGAGCUGUGGUGUUUUGGAAAAUUGAAGGAGGAAGAGAAUUGACUGACCAACAGGAAUACAGGGAAUUCGUCUUGAAAUUAAUGGCUCAAGCAAACGCAUCAGCCGUUGACAGGGUGCUAAGGGAGGAGCUGAAAGCUAUCUGGCUUCAGCAUCCAGACAACUGGUCGUUUUAUGGAUCUCUUUUCUUCUGCUGCACUGUAUUCACAACAGUGGGCUAUGGAGAGAUCUAUCCUGUCACUUUGCCCGGCAAGGUGAUCUGUAUCCUCUACGCCAUGGUGGGCAUCCCGCUCAUGCUGCUGGUCAUCACAGACGUGGGCGACGUCUUGGCACGCCUCUUGUCACAGGGCUACCACCACCUGCACAAACUGGUGAGGCUCCUGCGUCGGCGGCUGUGGGCAAGGCGCAAGGGGACGCCGACCGACGGCACGUACACCUUCAGCCACACGGUGGUGGUGCGCGAGCCGCUGGACAUCAGGCAGGUGCUCCGCACGCAGGCCUCGGUCAAGCGCAAGUCCGUGCGGCUGUUCAACAACCAGAAGAUCUUCGAGCAGCUGAUCGCGCGUGAGAAGCUGGGCCAUGUCGUCCCGCUGCUGCGCAGCCACUCUUGCCCUGAGCUGAACCGCGCGCCGACAACCAACUACGCCCUCUGGGACCUGGACGGCAUCGGCACCGACAUGGACCAGUUCAACGUGCCCAUGCUCCUCAUCCUGCUGGUGGUGUUCGCCUACAUCCUCUUCGGCGGCCUGGUGCUCCCCCUGUGGGAGACGGAGCUCAAGAUCUUCGACGCGUUCUACUUCUGCUUCAUCACGCUGACCACCAUCGGCUUCGGCGACAUUGUGCCCUCGCACCCCAAGUAUUUCAUGCUCACGUUCGUCUUCAUCAUCAGUGGCAUGGCCAUUAUGUCCAUGGCCUUUAAGCUGGGCCAGUCCAGCAUCAUCAGCUGCUACCGGCGCUGCAUGCGCUGCAUCAGCCGCGGACGGGUCAAGUAUGAGGUUAUGCAUGACUGACAGAUGACGGGACAGAGAGAGACAGCUGCCUAGUCGCCGGAAGGAGCGGAGACUGAACGAGGUGGGAUUCAGGAAUUAGUUUGAGAGGGGUCUGAUUUCCUUAUUGAGAAGGAUAGACAGCAGAAGCUAACAGUCUGUCAUGUUUGUCCAGCGGAGAUUCAGAGUGGUUUGGAAUAGGCCAUAGGACCAAAGGUUUCCAAGCAGAAUUGGACAGCCUUGACUAAGUGUGACUUCCUGAAAGGCUUUAGUGGAUGUUGUGGCUUAGGUAGUGUUAGCAUGAAUAAUUUAACAUGAGCAUGAAGCUGAAUGAAUAUGUAUGUUAUUUUGUACAGUGUGGCAAUCAUAAUAUGGAUGUUCAAUGGUAAUUUAUGGUAAUGCCCACUGGAAUUUUGCAUAAAGAGUUCUACUGUAUAGCAAUUUCCAAAAUAUACAGAACAAAGCAUAUCUACAGCGUACUUGCAUUGUUGGUGCUUUCCUGGAGUUUUAUGGCUACCAAUGAUAUACUCUGUACAAUGUGUUAAACAGGAUGGAAAUGGAUGGAUUUUUGCUUACAUUUUCUACAAACUGCUCUAUUUCAUUGACCAGAGUAAGAGUGUUUAGAUGGACCUUAAGUGACCUUAAGUGUUUAAUAACUCAGCUGUUCGAUAGUUUAUAUUAGAGAUGUCUUUGCCGCAUUAAUGGUCCCUCAAAGUCUUUCAUGAUCCCAUCCACUGCAAGUGUUUUUGUGGUAUGGAAUGCCAAGUCAAAGAUAGAUAGAUAGAUAGAUAGAUAGAUACUACCAGGGGAAAUUCAAGAAAAGACGUAGAAACAAAACACAAAGACACGGAGCUACUAAGCAGGCUGCCACUCUUGCCGGCGCCGGAACCGGAAACCCCCC